AUGAUAGAGAUCAGCAGCAGUAUUCUUAUUAACCAGCAGAAUACAUCUAAUAUUAAAAUGUUUAUCUGUGCAUUCCUGUAUCUACUCCCAGGGUUUACUGGAGGAGCAGCAAUUUCCUACUUUGCUGCUGCUCUUCCCUACUACAUGGAGCCUUCGAAUAAUUCUACUAUUCAGAUGACAGAAUCAGAAGCUUCUUGGUUUGUGAGUCUAGGUUCUCCUGUCCAGAUGCUUGGUAAUCUUCUCAGUGGAUUCAUUAUGGAACGGUUGGGAAGGAAGAGAACUAUAAUGAUUGGUAGUUUACUUAUCAUCAUUUCUUCUGCUCUUUUAUCAUUUGCUCCUUCUUAUGAGGUACUGCUGGUUGGAAGUUUUCUAUGUGGAACAGCAGUUGGGCUGUUUAACCCUGCAAUAAGUCUAGUACUCUCAGAAAUUACACUAAUAAGGUUAAGAGGAUCAAUGGGGAGUUUAAUGACUCUAAUACCAAAUGGAGGAUAUCUGUAUGGGUUUGUAAUCAGUAGUAUUGUUCCAGUUCAUAUUCUACCCUGGAUUCUUGUUUUACCAAGCAUAAUUUUCCUUGUCUUCUCUUGGUACGUUGUGGAAUCUCCUGUAUGGUUGAUGACAAAGGGAAGAACAUCAGAAGCAAGAAAGGUGAUUGCCUGGCUAAGAGGACCUCAGUAUCAUCUUGAACCUGAAGCUAAGGAACUGGAGAACCUGGUUUGCAAACAACUUGGAGAUCAACUAGUGAGUCAGGAUCCUAUUCUUAGCAGAGCUUUCCUAUUCCCUCUUUUCAUUCUUAGCUCGCUGUUCUUCUUCCAUGCUCUUGUAGGUGGAGAUGAUAUAUCAUUCUAUGCACUCACAAUAUUUGAGUAUCCUGGAGUAGCCAUAAGUCCUAUUUUAAUGGGAAUGCUUUUCCAAAUAUCUUUUACAAGUGGAUGCUUAAUAGCACCUGUAGUUAUGGGAAAAAUGAAUCGGCGCCUUCAGUUCAUGACAGGAGCCAUCCUUCUAUCAUUGUGCAGCACCAUCAUAGGAUUUUAUUACCAGUUUCAUCUCUACAACAUAUCUUCAGUCUUAGCAUUUACUCCAGUACUACUGCAUUUGGCUUUUGGUGUCUCCUAUGGUGCUCUUUUUGGACCAAUUCCUGUCACUCUGUCAAGUGAGAUAUUUCCUCAACACUUUAGAUCCUUGGGCUGCGGAAUCUCUAACUCAACUCGGUUCAUCUCACAGUUCAUUCAACUCAAGACCUUUUUGAUACUAAAGGAAUCGCUAGGAAUGGCUGGUGUGUAUUAUAUUCACUGUACAGUAUCCAUGACGGCAGCAGCCUUCGCUUUCUUCCUUCUCCCAGAGACAAGAAAUAAAACCUAUACAGAGAUAGAGGAGAUGUUUAAGAAGAGUUCAUCACAAGAUCUUGAAAAUGUUAAAUCUCCAAAUCCUAAAUUAGAAUUUCAAAUGUCUGAAUGA